UGUGACGUUAGGGAGGUGAUCAAAUCACACCCUAUAUGAAGUUUACACUAAAAAAUGACACUGAAACCAUAUUAUAGAGAAAAAAACCGACAUAUGUCUCCCGUCAAUGUCAGACAAACGUUAACCAUCAUUAGCAAUCAUAAAACUAAAAAUACAAAAAAAAUCAUCGAAAAUGUUAUCUUAUAAGCAAGGAAUAAAAUGUACGCACUUUCUGACAUAAUAUAUUUCUCGUCUCUCUUAAUAUGUAUCACCCUGGGUGGGUACUAUAAGAGGAUUGAGAACCCUAACACGAAGCGCAACUAUGGGACCGGGCUCGGCAUACUCAUCACUUGUAUGCUGUGCGGACCAUCCAUGGCACACUCCGUCCUUAUGGUGUGGGGGAACAUCGUCAUUAUAAAAUGUUGCAACAAAUUAUAUAUCCAUCACUUAAGCAUAGCUUAUACAUGGCUCUACUUAAUCUAUAUAACUUUCAACCUGGAUCUGUCGCACUAUGUGCUGUGGGUGCAUCAAGCCAUCGCUUUGCGCCUAGUAGGCCUUGCGUUUGAAAUCACCCUCGCAGAGAAAGCAAAACGACAACCCACUACGGCCACGGCGAAAGGAUCACAGGUUUCAAAAGCCAGCAAGUAUUUAAAAGAACCAGAUUUAUAUUCAGACGUGAUAUCUAAAAGUUCGAACCAUAGACUUAAUAUUGGAGAUUUGGCCUACGUACCUACGGAACCUAGCGCUGUGGACAUCAUUUCUUAUGCAUAUUACUUCAUCGGAUUACAUAAAGGCCCUUAUUAUCGUUGGAAGACAUUUAAUGAGCACUUUAAAACCCCUUUCGGGGUCCUUGGCGAUUGUAGAAUAAUAACUGAACAGAAACUGAAGAAAGCCCUUGUGUGUAGCGUUGUAUAUUUGUUCUUGCGUUUCAAAUUUCCUACUCAGUUGUAUUACGACAAUGAUUUCUAUACAAAACACGGCACAGACUUUCGUUAUCUAUACAACAUCCCCCAGAUGGUAUCAUACGUGCUUCAAUAUCAAGUCGUGAUGAUGCUAUGUACUAGCGUGUGUACGGAGGCCGGGUUUGGGGUAUACCCUACUAAGACACAGCCUCUGCCCGGCCAUGGGCCCUCGACUAGGUACAGCUUGCUGCAGCUCGCAGCCGUAACAGAAGACGUGGCUUUAGAACAAGAAUACAAUUUCGCUAUGCUGCGGUCUUUUGAAAACGAGAAGUUGUUGAUUGGACCACGAAUGAGGGAUACACUGAGAGGGUGGGACAUGUCCACGCGAUACUGGUUCUGGGCACACACUUACAAAGGCAUGUCCAAAGCGAAAAAGGAAGUGAGAAGCGCACUAUCAUUCUUGGCGUGGACGCUCUGGUGCGGGCCAACACUCCAGCAGCUUAUAAUUUCCACUACUCUCUGGAUACACCUCCAUCUAGAGAACGAAUAUGACGUAAUGUAUGACACUCAUGCCAUGUUAAAAAUGCCAUGGGACAUUGGAUUCUCUAUAAUGCGACUGUUUUGCUUGGCCUACCUCACCCCCUGCCUUAUCCUGAGAGACUCAGCAGUGAUACUGCGCUACUACAACUCAAUAUUCUGGCUGUACCACGCAUUACUACUCUGUUUAAUUCUAGGUGCCAUAGUUAUGCAUAGAGAUCGAGUCCUUUCUAGACGAGAAUGAAAUAAGCUAAGUCUAAAUUAUAUCGUGUUUUUUUAAUUUACAAUAUAUAAUUUUUAUGUUCCAAUUUGGUUGUCUUGUUGAGUUUUAGUUUUAAUAUUUAAUAUUUACCUAUCUAUAGUAACAUUUUUUAUAGAUAGUUGGCAAGACGCGCAACAUAUUUGGGUACAUUUGCAAAAUGUA